AUGUCAUUCAGAGGCGGCGGACAAAGUCGAGGCGGCUUCCGAGGCCGUGGAGGUUUCGGCGAUCGAGGCGGACGAGGUGGAUUCAAUUCCGGGCCACCGGCUUCUGUAAUGGAGCUGGGCACAUUCAUGCAUUCCUGCGAGGGCGAGAUGGUGUGCGAAUCCACGAAUCCAAAAAUUCCAUAUUUCAAUGCGCCGAUUUUCUUGGAGAACAAGGCGCCCGUGGGCAAAGUGGACGAGAUCCUAGGACCGAUCAACCAAGUCUACUUUACCAUCAAAACCGAGAGCGGCAUCCAGGCCGAGUCCUUCAAGGCUGGAGACAAAGUGUUCAUCUCGGGCGACAAACUUCUACCGCUGGAGAGGUUCUUGCCUAAGCCAGUCGUCCCAGGUGCUCCCAAACCGAAGCGGGCCGGGGGUGCAGAUCGUGGAAGAGGCGGGUUCCGCGGUGGUCGUGGCGGCCGCGGCGCGCCUCGCGGACGUGGAGGUCCCGGAAGAGGUGGAUCGGGAGGCUUCCGCGGCGGUAGCAGAGGUGGUGGACGAGGAGGCGGCGGAUUUGGCGGAGGAAGCGGUGGGUUUGGCGGAGGCAGAGGCGGCGGCGGUUUCAGAGGGUCUUCUCGCGGCAGAGGAUACUGAAUGUCUCCCGCCAUUGCCGAUUGCAUAUACCCAUGGGAUAUGGGAGCCAGGAGUUCAAGGUGUUUUACGGCCUUCUAGGAACUUGCGGGUUGGUAGAGUUCAAUUCCGCCUUGCGCAUGCGAAUGUAUGCUCGGCCUCUUAUAAAACUAUCCAGUCUAUCUGCCGCAGAGGGGCGCGAGAAAAGCUGACAAGGGUUGGAGGACUCAUACAAUUCCUCAACGGCGGAUGAUGUGCUAGAGGAUCACCAAAAGUAGUUGUAGACUUUAUGCCUAUACGACAAAAGGCGUUCAACCGAAUCAUUUGUCCACUCCCUUAUUAUUUAUGUGUCGGCUAGUAACUAUCCAAAGGCGACGCAUGGGACUUCAUACUGGCGGAACACCCAC